UUACCAAUCGUCGAGUUGAAGAUUCCUGUUUCCCGCAGUUCUGAUGACACGUCGGGUUCUUUGUAAACGGCUGCAUCAAAAUGGUAAAUAAAGAAGAGAUAAAGAAGAGUUUGAAGGAGUUGUGCAAGAAUGACAAAUACUCGAUUUUACUUCCCACUUACAACGAAGUGGAGAAUCUACCGAUAAUAAUAUGGCUUAUCGUGAAAUAUAUGGAGGAGAGCGAGCUUGCCUACGAAAUUAUUGUGAUAGACGAUGGUUCACCAGAUGGGACCCUGGACAUGGCUAAGCAACUGCAACGUGUCUAUGGCGACGACAAAAUAGUCUUAAAGCCGAGAGAGAAGAAGCUGGGAUUGGGAACUGCUUACAUGCACGGAAUUAAAUACGCAACCGGGAACUUUAUCGUUAUCAUGGACGCCGAUUUAUCUCAUCACCCCAAAUUUAUUCCAAAAAUGGCUGAGUUACAACGGUAUCUCAAUCUGGAUGUAAUCAGUGGUACGAGGUACGCCCAAGGCGGCGGUGUUUACGGCUGGGAUUUCAAAAGGAAGUUAGUCAGUAGAGGUGCAAAUUUUCUAACUCAGAUUCUGUUGAGGCCCGGUGCAAGCGACUUGACCGGUAGUUUUAGGCUUUACAAAAAGGAUGUAUUGGAAAAGCUGAUACAAUCCUGUGUAUCCAAGGGAUAUGUAUUCCAAAUGGAAAUGAUAGUCAGGGCUAGGCAAUUUAAUUAUACAAUAGGGGAAGUGCCAAUUACAUUUGUCGACAGGGUCUACGGCCAAUCUAAAUUGGGUGGUUCAGAGAUUUUUCAGUUUGUAAAGGGCCUUCUAUAUCUUUUUGCUACCACGUAAUUGAAAAUAUCUAGGAUAAGAAAAAAUCACGAUCCUUCCAGGUCGAAGCAUUUAGACAGUAACAGGAAGCGUGAAACUUCCUUGUCAAACAUAUUCCAAGUUUUGUAUUAUCUAAAUGAUUAUCUGAUUACUGAUUUUUCAAAUUUAUAUGAAUCAAAAAAUAAUAUAAUGCAUCCGAAUUCAACAUGAAUAACUCAUUUCGUAUUUCAAUUUAUUUGAUUCCAAAAAUAGAAUAUAAUAGGGACAUGAAUGCAUCUCCGAAUUCUAAAGCGCCAACUUGAAUAAAAUAAAAUGAAUUGCAAUUUUCAAUUCAUUUCAAAUUA